UCUGGUUUUUGUUCCAUUUUAAGCUCCUGAAUGACUCUGUGUUAUAGGAUGCUUGUCUGGGAAGAUGGGUUUUGUGAUUUCCAUGAAUGUGAACGUGCUGGAAGUGGCUAUGUAAAGGGAAGGUUUGGAGCUGAUAUAUUCUUCAAAUUGUCGCAUGAAGUUUAUAAUUAUGGAGAAGGGUUAGUAGGGAAAAUUGCAGCAGAUAACAGUCACAAAUGGGUGUAUAAAGAAACCCCAAAUGAUAAUGAUCCUAAAUUCAUCUCCUCCUGGAAUUUGUCUAUUGAGCCUCAGCAACCUAGGGCGUGGGAAUCUCAGUUCAAUUCAGGCAUUCAGGUUGGUAAUACACCAAGUAAAACAAUUGCCAUAAUUUCUGUCAGAGAAGGGAUUAUUCAACUAGGUUCAUUGGACAAGAUGGUGGAAGAUCUUAAUCUGGUGAUCAGCAUACAGAGGAAAUUCAGCUAUCUCCAGAGCAUACCUGGCGUCUUUGCCAUUCAAAGACCAUACUUAGCAAUUCAACAUCCAUACGCCCUCAAACCGAAUAACCUGUUGUCGGAAAACCACGAAACAUCAAUCUGUCAUGAUGACAAACGCCGGUUAGGUGGAAUGAAAAGAUUUGUCGAUGAAAGGCCAGAGGAUUCUCCGAUCAAAUCAAUCAACUUAGGUUCGAACAGCCCUCAAAAUGGAAUUAUAGGACCACCCUUUUGGUCAAUUCCACCCCUUGUUCCUACCGUGUCUUGCAGUCUUGGAGCUUUGUUAUCCAAGUUGCCUUCUGUCAUCCCAUCUUAUAAUGCCAUUGAACCUCCUGAAAUAACUCUCAUCAACCACCCCAACACUACAAACCAGAGAGGGAAGGAUGAUAAUGGAGGCUCAGUAGGUGAAAUUCUCAUAGCCGAGUCAAAAACAGAACCUUUAAGUCAAUUGGAAGCUGCUGAUCAGGAGAAGCCAAGACCUGUAAAAGCUAAUUUAGUGCUACAAGAAGAUGCUGUAAUACAACUGGGAUUUGGGCCUCUCAAAGACUGACAAGAACAUAGUUUGAACUCUGAAGCUUGACUAAUUAGGAUAAUAAAAAUAUUUUAUUA